AUGGAGGUGGAUAUGGAACAAGACCCCAACACUACCUCCAACACUGCCCCUAACCCGGAGCCCAGAGCCCCAGAGAGAGGCACCUACGAGCUGCCCUGGGUGGAGAAGUACCGACCCCUGCUUCUGCGAGACAUCGUGGGCAACGAGGAGACCGUGAGCCGCCUGGAAGUGUUCGCCCGAGAGGGGAACGUGCCCAACGUCAUCAUCGCCGGCCCCCCUGGCACCGGUAAAACCACCAGCAUCCUGUGUCUGUCCCGGGCUCUGCUGGGAGCAUCCAUGAAGGACGCCGUGCUGGAGCUCAAUGCCUCCAACGACAGAGGUAUUGAUGUAGUUCGAAACAAAAUCAAGAUGUUUGCUCAACAAAAGGUGACUCUGCCAAAAGGACGCCAUAAGAUCAUAAUCCUCGACGAGGCCGACAGCAUGACAGACGGCGCCCAGCAGGCCCUGCGCCGCAUCAUGGAGAUCUACUCCAAGACCACACGCUUUGCCCUGGCCUGCAACGCCUCGGACCGUAUCAUCGAGCCCAUCCAGUCACGCUGUGCCGUGCUGCGCUACGCCAAAUUGAGCGAUGGCCAAAUACUGACACGACUGCAGGAAGUGGUGCAGCAGGAGGGCCUGAGUGUGACCGAUGACGGCCUGGAGGCGGUCAUCUUCACUGCACAGGGAGACAUGAGACAGGCGCUGAACAACCUGCAGUCCACACACGCAGGCUUUGGCUUCGUCAACAGCCACAACGUGUUUAAGGUGUGUGACGAGCCACACCCCCUGCUGGUCAAGGGCAUGCUGGGAAGCUGCGUCCAGGGCCAGGUGGACGAGGCGUACCGCGUCAUGGAGCAGCUGUGGAGGCUGGGCUACUCGCCUGAGGACAUCAUCGGCAACGUCUUCAGAGUGUGCAAGACCUACAGUAUGCCAGAGUACCUCAAGUUGGAGUUCAUCAAGGAGAUUGGAUACACCCACGUGCGAGUGGCCGAGGGGGUGAACUCUCUGCUGCAGAUGGCGGGGCUUGUGGCCAGGCUGUGCAGCAAAGCAGCGCCCCCUACAGCCUCCUGA